CAGAGAAAUGUAGCAUAUUGUGCAAGCGAAUAGUUCGAAGUUGUUCCUGUCACUUCUCACCACUGUGGGGAGAAUCGAGGCAGCCAAACAGACUCCUCCAGGUUCAUGACAGAGAAAAUGACGGCGAGCACAGCCAACUACCUGUGGUCACUGGGAGAUGUGCUUGGGCAGGGGGCCACAGCCAGCGUCUAUAAGGCCCGCAACAAGAAGACAGGGGAGCAGGUUGCGGUGAAGGUGUUUAACCUGAUGAGCUACAGUCGUCCGUACAAGGUUCAGAUAAGAGAAUUUGAGAUGCACAGGAGACUCAACCACAACAACAUCGUCAAGCUCUUCUCUGUGGAGGAGCUGAGCAGUAAACAGAAGGUGUUGGUGAUGGAGUAUUGUUCAGGAGGCUGUCUGCUCAGUCUGCUGGAGGAGCCAGAGAACGCCUUCGGUCUUCCAGAACCAGAGUUCCUCAUAGUACUACAGUGUGUGGUGCACGGGAUGAACCAUCUGCGUGAGAACGGGGUGGUGCAUCGGGACAUUAAGCCUGGGAACAUCAUUCGUCAGGUGGGAGAGGACGGGAGGUCCAUCUAUAAGCUAACAGACUUCGGAGCGGCCAGAGAACUAGAGGAUGAUGAGAAGUUUGUCUCCCUCUACGGAACAGAGGAAUACCUGCACCCAGACAUGUAUGAGCGCGCAGUGCUGCGGAAACCCCAGCAGAAGACCUAUGGUGUGAGUGUUGACCUGUGGAGUAUUGGAGUGACGUUUUACCACGCUGCCACCGGUUCUUUACCCUUCACACCCUACGGAGGACCCCGCAAGAACAAACCCACCAUGUAUAAGAUCACCACAGAGAAGCCGGUAGGGGCCAUUGCUGGAGUCCAGAGGGUCAAUGACGGACCUAUACAGUGGAGCUACCACCUACCCCACAGCUGCCAGCUCUCAAAGGGUCUGAGUGGUCAGCUAGUGCCAGUGUUAGCUGGUAUAUUGGAGGCAGACCAGGAGAGGUGUUGGGCAUUUGACCAGUUUUUUUCUGCCACCACAGACAUACUACAGAGAGUCUCAGUCCAUCUGUUCUCCCUGCAACAGGCCGCAACUCACCGCAUAUACAUACACCACUACAACACGGCGGCCGUCUUCUGUGAGGAGGUGGCGUCUCAGACGGGGGUGGGGCUGGAGCAACAGCACUUCCUGUUCCUGGGUCAUGACCUUUCCCUGGAGGGCUCUAUGAAGGUGGUCAACUUCCCCCCGACCUCGCCCUCCCAGCCCCUACUGCUGCUCAGCCGCGCCCCAGAGACACACGCUGGACUCCCCUACAGCGAAUCGGAGAUGCCCAUUAUCCCAUCCCGGUUUGACGUUGUGGCUGACUACUCUUUCUCCAAGGUGAUAGUAGGAGUGGUCCAUCAGUAUGUGAGGAUAAUGCGUUCCUUACACACACACAGAGAGGUGCUCCUACAUGGAUACUACAGCUUCAUCGAGAAGGUGCGUAGGGAGUGUGGCGACGCGAUGCUCGGUAUCAGCACGGUCGACAUGAGACUGCAGUCCUGCCACAGCUCUGAGCGCAGACUACAUACACUAGGCCAGUUUCCCAUUGACGCCCCAGAGGCCAGUUUCCCAUUGAAGCUGCGGCUGAUCAGGGAGAACCUGCCAGUGUACACCAGGGGGAUCCGGGAGUUCCAGACCCGUCUAAAACACCUUCACGUAGAACUGGCCAAACACUCUGAAAAUCUGUCUGAGGACAAGAGCAUCCAGAAGAUGGAGGUCUUUCUAGAGAAGAUCAUGGCCAUUCACCAGCAGUAUCGCAAAGACCGACUGACUGGAAAGCUUCCCUUCAAUGAUGAGCAGAUACACAAGUUUGAGAAGAUCCACCUGUUGUCCCUUAUAAAGCGUGUAAAGGGUCUCCUUAGAGAGGACUGUCUACAGAGGUACCGAGACCUGCUGGCCUCAGCAUCUACCUGGAGCAGUGUUCUCCAUGAGAUGCAGUGCAGACUGUCAGACUUUGGCAAUUUCUCCCAAGGGCUGAUGGGGAACCUGGAGAAAUGUGAGGAGCUCCAGAACAAGGCCCUGGACAGAGUCCUGCUCAGAGCCCAGCCAGAACAGACAGGACCAGGGGGUCAGGAGGCCACAGACACACCCAGGGACAAGGACCACAUGGUCAUCAGUUCUGCAGCUGUUAACUCUGCAACCAUGUUGGAGCCUGAUCUACCCAGACCCAUCGGACUGUGACCAGGCAACUACACACACUCACUCAGAGAGUGAGGGGGAGAAGAGGAGAGAAGGAGAAGGAGAGAGAGUGCUCUUGUGACAUAUUCCAAAUACGAACCUCGUCAUUGUCAUCAGUGUUAGCUAUAGUAGUAUUUUUACUAGACUGCCAUGAUGUAAUAGACUGCUAUGGUGACAGAGUUGGAUGUCUCUAACUCAGCUGCUUUGGAAGUCACCAACCUUUCUCCUCUAAUCUCCAUAGUAACAACACUAACUGGAGAAUUUUUAAUGAGAAACGAACAUAAUAAAUAUCGACGUCUGUCUCUGUUCUGCUUUGUGAUGACAGAAGAGGACAGACAGACAGAUGGACUCAUCAUACACAUUAGUAUGUGUGUAACAUGAAUAAAUCCAUUCAUGUGGACGUGUGAAAAUCA